AUGUCUGCCCCAACCACCUGCUGGAUAUGCAUGGAAGAAGAAACACACCCGAUAACUCCAUCCGAUAAACCUCGGUGGAUACACCCCUGCAAAUGUACCUUGAUCGCCCACGAAAUAUGUCUUCUUACUUGGAUUUCCGAGUCCACCGCGCCUGGGGGUUCCACUUCCGCCAAUGCCACGUGCUGUCCCCAAUGUAAGACGCCGUACCAAAUCAUUAGCAACAAGUCAACUCUCUUGGCACUCAUGAACUUGGUCGAAAUGGGGGGCGCGGUUGUUCGCAAGGUCACCAUGUUCAACGGGAUCUUCUUUGGACUACUCAUCCCAGCGACUGCAUAUGGAGCCAUCACAGCGCGUUUAAUCUUGGGGCACGAGAUGUACUCAUUCCUGAUCGGGAAUAACCCAUUCCAAUGGUCAUAUGCGACCCUGGUCCACUUGCCAUUCAUCUCCUUGGCCUUCCAAGGUACCCAGGUCACACAGGCCCGAUCUUUGCUUCAGAUCAUGUGCAUUUCUUUGCCAAUGCUAGCUUACGACUCGGCCGGAUCGCCUUCCCCAGCAUCUAUCUUCUCCUAUCCUCCAAGUCCUACAGUCGUGUUGGCAUUCCUGCCAUGUGUCCAAGCAGCAUACGGCUUCGCCAAACAAAAGCUCUUUGACAUUGGUGCCGAGGCAAUCAUCCGUUUCGCCGCAUACCGAAUCAGAAGGCGCCUCCAACAGCACCAGGACACUCUCCGCAGACGCAGGCCCAACAGCCGCCAGAUAUCCGAAUCCGAAAUACAAGGCAUCAAUCAAGACCUCGACGAUAUACAGGCCCAGCAACAACAGAUCGCCCAACAUGCUCCCGAAGUUGCCCCUGCUCGAGCAGAGCCAGCUGCAGUGGGAGAGCGCCCGCCCGUUUCGUUCUUGUUCACUACCACUUUGAUGUUUCCGUUUAUCUCCUCUGCUGCUGGUACUGUCCUCAACAUACUGUCCGAGCGGUCUCCGGCAGUCAGGACGCUGAUUGGACUGCGUAAGGAUGGGAUCGACCGGCGGUUCUCGCGGCCCAUCGCAUCAGUGACUGGACUUGGGUUCGGCGGUGGCGGAUUCUUCGAUCGGCUCAGUGUUGCUACCGGCUUUGGGCACUCGGAGGGUAGACUGGUGCUGAGGAGGGGAUGGAGUUGGGAUGAGUUUGAGCCGGUGUGGUGGCGCAACGUACUUGGGUAUGCGAUAUAUGUGGUGAUCCACGACGCAUGGGACUUGGUAUAUGCGUGGCUACGCGUUACUGAGCGCAGGUCGAGGAAAAUUGUCGACCGUGCGUUUGAAGGUGUGGAUCUGGGAUCGCUGGACUUGAGAGAGUCGUGGAGGCUUGAUGGGAACUGA